UUUCAAAAACUAUUUUUUAUUAUCGCCCAUAAAUGCUCUAAAUGUCGACUUUUGAAAGCUGAAACGAAGGCAUUAAUUUUCUUACAUUUUUUUUAUCAGAGCAGUCUUCGCUGAAGUUUAAAGUAAACUAGAGAUACAAAAUCUCUACAAAAAUAGUUUAUAGAAUUUGAUGAUGAAUCUCAUGAUGUCACUCAUUUUAAAAAAGUAAACAAAAACACGCCGAAAGAGGGCGUGUCAAUUCAGCCACAGUCCAUAUUUCAGAAAUUUUUGUUUUCAAAAUAUUUCAAUGUUUUAUAAGGGAUAGCAACAUAAAUAGACAACUGGAUUAACAAAGGGGCAGUUAUGUCGUCCAUGCACGUGCCAAGGGUCAUUUCCCAGAGGGGAAAGAGCAGUUUGGAAGUAGAGAGAGAGAACUUUGAAAGAACACAGACUACUAGUAUCCACAAGGCCAUCAACCAGCAGGAAACCCCAGUGAAGGAGAAACAUGUCAGAACUGCUGUCAUUGGGACAUUCACAGAGAAGGGAGCAAGUAUGUUCUGGAGCGUCACUAGCAAGAUGUCACUACAGGGUCAUCCCAUCACAUGCUGGAAAUUUUGUUGUGUCCUGCACAAGAUUUUGCGCGAUGGACAUCACACGGCCAUGAUAGACUCUCAGAAAUAUUCAUCUCACAUUACAGACCUUGGAAAACUAUGGGGUCAUCUUAAGGAAGGAUAUGGAAAGUUAAUACGGAGUUACACAAAACUUCUCGUCCAAAAGCUGGCUUUCCAUAGAAAGAAUCCAGAAAUUCCUGGAAACUUGGUGCUAACUGAAGAAGAACUGGAAAAAAUCACAAGAUUUGAUGUCAAUCUCUAUUUUGAACUGAGUGUGGACAUGCUGGAUUACAUGGAUGGUCUACUAAUGCUUGCUGCAGCGGUGUUUGGAUCUCUUGAUAUGUCACGUGCCAAUUCCAUGACAGCUAGUGGACAGUGUCGCCUCGCUGCGCUGAUCCCAUGUAUACAUGACAGCUGCCAUCUGUAUGACCAUCUUGUGAAGCUGCUUUUCAGACUUCAUUCAAGUCUUCCCCCAGACACGCUAGUCGGACACAGAGACAGAUUUCAUGCACAAUUUAAAGGGCUAAAGCAGUUCUACCACAGUUCACACAAUCUCCAAUACUUUAAGAAUCUUAUCCAAGUGCCAUCAUUACCUGAUGAACCACCAAAUUUCCUGGUUGCAUCAGAUUACAGCAUGUACGAGCGUCCAGUUGUGACCGUGCCUGACCCCGAGCCUGAACCAGAGAUAGAGACACCUGAGGUAGAGGCUCGUGAAGGAACACUGAUAGACACAUCAACUCCGGAUUUGUUUUCCAAUGGGGCUCCAUCCCCCUCUCCUCCGCCCCCUCCCACGCCAGAUGACAGGGACCUGAUCAUAGAGAGGUUGAUGAGGCAGGUCCAAGCCCUUCAGGCUGAACUUGAGAAAGUAAAACAGGAGGAUCAGGAGAUCAUCCGGCAUUUGCAGGAGAGACUGGCCCAACUAGAGACAGAGCUUAAUGAUAUGCGCCAAAUAGCACAACAGUCAAAUGAGGAAAAUGAGGCUCUGAGGGGAGAAUUAAGACAAAGCAGUCAAAAUGCUGAGGCAGCCAUCCAACUAAUUGAGGCUCAAAAGAACUCCAAAAUUGCAGAUGAUAAAUUCAAGAAGAUGAAAGAUAUUUAUAGUAAGCUUCGGGAAGAACAUGUGGCACUCUUACGUUCCCACGCAGAUGUAACAAGACAGCUGGCUUCAGAGAGAAAUGCAGUGAAAGAGCAAGAACAACAGUCUCAGAACCAGCAACACAUGAGGGAUAUUGAAGAGAAGUUGAGACAGGUAGAGAGAGAAAAAUCAUUGAUGUCAGAAAAUUUACAAAAGAGUGCAGAUGACUCAGCAUCGCAACUGGCACUCACCAUGGCAACCAAUGAGGCCUUAGAACGAAGCAAAGAGGAAUUGGAAAAGAAAAUUGAGAGUUUGGGGAAGACAAUAGAAAACUUAGAAUCAGCUUUAAAAAAUUCAGAAGGAGAUGUAACUUCAAGAGCAGCUGAUAUACUGGCCAUGCAGAAAAAAUUAGAAGACAGUGAAAAUGAAAGACUGCAAAUGGAAGCAGCGAAUAAGGCCUUAGAACAGAAAAAGGAGGAGAUUGAAAAGAUACUAGAGGACACAAAAAAGACAGUUGAGGAUCUUGAAUCAUCCUUAAAACAGUCCCAAGAAGAUACAUCUUUAAAAGCAGCUGAUAUACUUGCCCUACAAAAGAAAUUAGAAGAAAAUGAAAGUGAAAGACUGAAGGCAGAAGCUUUACUACGCAAACAAUUAUCUGAUGAAAAUCAUCAAUUUUUAGUAACUGCCAUAGAGGAGGGGGAGAGUAUAAUAAAAGACUCCUUGUCAGAGUUUGAGAACCCAACACAUGAUUCAGUCACAUGUACUGCAGAGUAUCUCCUUCAUAGGGUAGAGCCACUGUUAACAUGUCUAGAUACGCUUCAAACACAAACAAACACAUACACAACAGACCCUAAUAGUGUUCAUGAUCUAGUAAAGAUUGUAUGUGAGUUUAGCCACAGAAUGGGGGACAGUAUAAUAAAUGGCAAAGCAACCUCACAUGUUGCUCCCAUUGAACAGGGAGAAGAGCUGGCCAAGACUUGUAAACAAUCAGGAGAUGACAGUCUUGCACUGCUCAAUACAUUAAAGGAAGGAAACUAUGACAAAGUAGAUGGAAAGAUUACAGAUCUGAAGACCUUACUGCAGGGAAUUAUAACCCAAGCUGAGGAUCUUGUCCCUAAGGUUGAAGAUGUCAAAGCUGAACAGAUGGGUGACCUUGUUGAACAAGAGAUGCAGUCAACCACUGAUGCCAUUGAGGCCGCAGCUAAGAAAAUGGCUGAAAUGCUGGCCAAAUCCCGGGAAAAAGACAGUGGAAUCCAACUUGAAGUUAAUGAAAAUAUCUUAGACUCUUGCACUGCACUGAUGAUGGCAAUAAAAGUACUAAUACUGAAGUCCAAGGCAUUACAGCGUGAAAUUGUAGAUCAAGGACGAGGAACAGCAUCUGAUAAAGAAUUUUACAAGAAACAUCACAGGUGGACAGAAGGGCUACUGUCAGCUGCCAAGUCAGUUGGCCUUGGGGCCAAUAUGUUACUAGAUGGUGCUGAUAAGGUAGUCAAUGGUGAGGGGAAGUUUGAGGAAGUAAUGGUCUGCGCCCAGGAGAUUGCAGCAAGUACAGCCCAACUUGUAGUUGCAUCUAAGGUGAAAUCUGAUAAAAACAGUGCCAACUUACGUGAAGUAUCUGAUGCCUCUAAGAAGGUGUCUGAAUGUACUGGCAAUGUGGUUGCAUCUGCCAAGAGUGGAGCUCAACUGAUUGAAGAUAAAGAUACAAUGGACUUUACUAAACUCAGUCUAACACAAACCAAACGUAUGGAGAUGAAUUCACAGGUUAAAGUACUGGAAUUGGAGAGUAAUUUAGAGAAAGAGCGAGUGAAAUUGGCAGGUUUAAGAAAACAACAUUACAAAUUAGGAGGAGAGGAUGAGGGUUGGUCAGAUGAGGAAUCGUGAUUGAAUUGAGGCAAAUAGCAGCUGAUGCAUACAACCACCCCUAUAAUGAAAUAUAUGGACUCAACUUCUUCCAAAUUGGAUGAGUCCACUAUGACAUGACAAUGAAUGGGUGACAGCACCAACACAAAUAAAUUCAUAUGGUCAGAGGCAUCAUAACCAAUUUACCUCGGAUAUAAAUUAAAUUCUAGAAUUUCCUCUUCACAGAUAUCUGCCACUUUGAGUUACACAAUGCCUGAUUCGGCGCCUGGCCGAUGGAUUGUUUUGUUCAAAAUUAAUUCAGUUUGGAACAAAAUACUCAAUC